AUGGCUCCCCCUCAAGCUCCCGUGCAGCCCCCCAAACGCCGCCGCAUCGCAGUCUUGACCUCCGGUGGUGAUGCUCCUGGUAUGAACGGCGCCGUCCGGGCCGUCGUCCGGAUGGCCAUCCACUCCGAUUGCGAGGCCUACGCCGUCUUCGAAGGUUACGAAGGUCUCGUUAAUGGCGGAGACAUGAUCCGUCAGAUGCACUGGGAAGAUGUGCGCGGCUGGCUGUCGCAGGGUGGUACCCUGAUCGGCUCUGCGCGCUGCAUGUCCUUCCGCCAGCGCCCCGGCCGUCUGCAGGCCGCUAAAAACAUGGUCAUCCGCGGCAUUGACGCCCUGGUCGUCUGCGGUGGUGAUGGUAGUUUGACUGGUGCCGACCUCUUCCGCUCCGAGUGGCCGGGUCUCUUGAAGGAAUUGGUCGAGAAGAAGGAAUUGACCCAGGAGCAGGUUGAGCCAUACAAGAUCUUGAACAUUGUCGGUCUGGUCGGAUCCAUCGACAACGACAUGUCCGGCACGGACGCUACGAUCGGCUGUUACUCGUCUCUGACUCGCAUCUGUGAUGCCGUAGACGAUGUGUUCGAUACUGCGUACUCGCACCAGAGAGGCUUCGUCAUUGAGGUCAUGGGACGUCACUGUGGUUGGCUCGCCUUGAUGGCUGCCAUCAGUACCGGUGCUGACUGGCUCUUUGUCCCUGAGUUGCCCCCCAAGGAUGGAUGGGAGGAGGAUAUGUGCUCCAUCAUCACUAAGAAUAGAAAGGAGCGUGGAAAGCGACGAACCAUUGUCAUUGUGGCAGAGGGAGCACAAGACCGACAGCUGAACAAGAUCUCGAGCUCGAAGGUCAAGGAUAUCCUAACUGAGCGUCUGGGUUUGGACACCCGUGUUACUGUCCUGGGUCACACCCAAAGAGGUGGCGCGGCGUGUGCCUACGACCGCUGGCUAUCCACUCUGCAGGGUGUCGAAGCCGUUCGAGCCGUACUGGACAUGAAGCCCGACUCGCCCUCGCCAGUCAUCACCAUCCGCGAGAACAAGAUCAUGCGCAUGCCUCUGAUGGAGGCCGUGCAGUUCACCAAGACGGUCACUUCGCACAUCGAGAACAGAGAAUUUGACAAGGCCAUGGCUCUCCGCGACUCCGAAUUCAAAGAGUACCACUUCUCCUACAAGAACACCUCGACUCCCGACCAUCCGAAGAUGCUGCUCCCGGAGAACAAGAGAAUGCGCAUCGCCAUUGUCCACGUCGGUGCCCCCGCUGGCGGUAUGAACCAGGCUACCCGCGCCGCUGUCGCCUACUGUCUCACCCGCGGCCACACCCCCCUUGCGAUCCACAACGGUUUCCCCGGUCUCUGCCGCCACCACGCCGAUACCCCCGUCAGCUCCGUUCGCGAGAUCAAGUGGAUUGAGUCUGAUGCCUGGGUCAACGAGGGAGGUUCGGAUAUCGGAACCAACCGCAGCCUACCCGGCGAGGACUUGGAAACGACCGCCAAAUGCUUUGAGAAGUUCAAAUUCGACGCGCUGUUUGUGGUUGGUGGAUUUGAGGCGUUCACUGCCGUCAGCCAGCUGCGCCAGGCGCGCGAGAAGUUCCCCGCUUUCAAGAUCCCCAUGACCGUCCUGCCGGCCACCAUCUCCAACAACGUGCCCGGCACGGAGUACUCGCUCGGUAGCGACACCUGUCUCAACACCCUGAUUGACUUCUGCGACAUCAUCCGCCAGUCGGCCUCGUCGUCGCGUCGUCGCGUGUUCGUGAUCGAGACGCAGGGUGGCAAGUCGGGCUACAUCGCCACGACGGCGGGUCUGUCUGUUGGCGCCGCGGCGGUCUACAUCCCCGAAGAGGGCAUCGACAUCAAGAUGCUGUCGCACGACAUCGACUUCCUGCGCGACAGCUUCACGCGCGACAAGGGAGCGAACCGCGCCGGUAAGAUCAUCCUGCGGAACGAGUGCGCCUCCAACACAUACACGACGCAGGUGAUCGCCGACAUCCUCAAGGAGGAGGCCAAGGGUCGCUUCGAAUCGCGUGCCGCCGUGCCCGGCCACUUCCAGCAGGGUGGUAAGCCGUCGCCGAUGGACCGCAUUCGCGCGCUGCGCAUGGCCAUCAAGUGUAUGAGCCACCUGGAGAGCUACGCGGGCCAGAGCCCCGAGGAGAUCGCCGCGGACGAGAUGUCGGCGUCGGUGAUCGGCAUCAAGGGCUCGCAGGUGGGCUUCUCGGCCAUGGGCGGCGAGAACGGUCUGGAGGCGACGGAGACGGACUGGGCGCGACGUCGUCCCAAGACCGAGUUCUGGCUGGAGUUGCAGGACACGGUCAACAUCCUGUCGGGCCGCGCCAGCAAGGCCAAUGCGGCGGCCUGGACGUCCUACGCGGAGGCUUAG